AUGCACGUUCCACAGGGAAAUAUUAUCACUGUUGCAUCAAAGAAAUUGACACUAAAAAAGGUUACAAAUUACAUAGCAGAUGUAAUCUGUAAACGUGCAGAUCUUGGUUAUAACUAUGGUGUUAUUCUCAUACCUGAAGGACUUAUUGAUUCCCUGAGACAUGGGAAGUAUCCUGGUUGUGCUCAUUUUGCCAUAAGAGGAGGGCGUAGAGAUUCCAAAACAGAAUACCAGCUGCCAAAAGUCAUAACCCAAAUGAUCAGUACACCAUUAAUGGCUGCUAUGCAUGAAGAUGACACCCCAAACCCAAGUGAAGUUGCCAAGAUUCUUGAAGAAACCCUAAAUAUAAAUGAUGUUCCACUGAAAGUGAGAAAACUGGUGGUGAAAAUAUGUGAUGUGGUGACAAGAAGAGCUGCAAGGUUAGCAGCAGCGGGCAUUGGGGGAAUUUUGAAAAAGAUUGGUAGGGAUGGGACUGCAGUGAUUACAAGUAGAAGGGUUAAAAGUGGAAAAAAUGGGAAAAUGAGAAGAACAGUUGUAGCAAUAGAAGCAGAAAAUGAGGAAGAAGAGAAGGGCAGAAUGUGGGAUAUUCCAAAUUUGGAUAUUCCUACUUCUGAGCCUGAACUAAACUUGCCCACAGCCUUGAGAGAGCUUUCAUGUGAACUUUAUAGGUUUAUCAUAGGAAUGUCCGAAUGA